UUCUUCUCCCCUCCAAACCUUCGGCGACCCUCCUCUCUCCCUUUUCCUGCGAGACCAGCCGGCCGAGGCACCAUGUCGGAGCAGCCGCUCGCCGGAGAUGCCGCUGCCGCGGAGGCUUCGGAGCAGGCCGAGCAGCCUGAAGGGGCCUCGGGCAAUGGAGGCGGCGGCAGCACCGCCGCCGAAGGAGGUGGUGGCGGUGGAGGAGGAGGAGGAGGAGGCGGCGGCGGCGGCGGCACAGGAGAAUCGGAGGGAGCGAAAAUCGACGCGAGCAAGAACGAGGAGGAUGAAGGGAAAAUGUUUAUUGGUGGCCUCAGCUGGGAUACUACAAAGAAGGAUCUCAAGGAUUACUUCACGAAAUUUGGUGAAGUUGUAGACUGCACCCUGAAGUUAGACCCAAUUACAGGGCGGUCAAGAGGCUUUGGGUUUGUGCUGUUCAAGGAAGCUGAGAGCGUAGACAAGGUCAUGGAUCAGAAAGAACACAAGCUGAAUGGAAAAGUGAUUGAUCCCAAAAGAGCAAAAGCAAUGAAAACGAAAGAGCCAGUUAAAAAGAUUUUUGUUGGUGGGCUAUCUCCAGAUACGCCUGAGGAGAAAAUAAGGGAAUACUUUGGAGGUUUUGGCGAGGUGGAAUCGAUAGAACUUCCCAUGGACAACAAAACCAACAAGCGCCGUGGUUUUUGCUUCAUUACUUUCAAAGAAGAAGAUCCAGUGAAGAAAAUUAUGGAGAAAAAAUACCACAACGUUGGUCUCAGUAAAUGUGAAAUAAAAGUAGCGAUGUCAAAAGAACAGUAUCAGCAGCAGCAGCAGUGGGGAACACGAGGGGGAUUUGCUGGAAGAGCUCGUGGCAGAGGUGGAGGCCCCAGUCAAAGCUGGAACCCCGGAUACAGUAAUUAUUGGAACCAGGGGUAUGGCAACUACGGUGGAUACAACAACCAAGGGUAUGGUGGCUACGGAGGUUAUGACUACACUGGCUACAACAACUAUUACGGAUAUGGAGAUUAUAGCAAUCAGCAGAGUGGCUAUGGGAAGAUAUCUCGGCGAGGAGGUCAUCAAAAUAGCUACAAACCAUACUAAAUUAUUCCAUUGGCAGCCCACCCCAGACAGGUACGUCCCUCAUUUGUGGACAAGCAGUAUUCUCAUUUGAAGAUUCAUUUUGAGGUGGCUCAUGCUGCCUGCUAAUAGCAGUUCAAACUAAAAUUUUUGUAUCAAGUCCCUGAAUUGGAAGUAAGAUGUUGGUCCCUCUGAAGUUUGAUUGCGUUCUCAUUACAACAGAAUUGCUUUCACCGUCUUUUUUUUCUCUUCCUUUUUUUUUUUUUUGCUACGCUUAAGGAUCAAUUUGAUUUAUGCCCACGCCCAUUUUGUUCCCCAGUAUUGUAGAAAAAAAGUCUUGUGUUUAAAGCCCAGUGUGACAGUGUCAUGACGUAGUAGUGUCUUACUGGUUUUUUAAUAAAUCUUUUUGUAUAAAUUG